AUGCGGCGGGUGGUACGGAGGCGCAGAAGGCCAUUGCUGCUGCUUGCGUUUAUCACCGUUGCCGUAGCGUGGGUGCUCCUCGUGUAUGCCGCCGUCUCCCUUGUGGAGCCCCGGGUGGCGGUCACGGUGGUGCAUGGCCCCGUGCGAAGUGACCAGGCACCACAGGAGGAAGGUGGUCCCUCACGUGAGUCGGUGUUGCAAAGAUUAGUGGCAUCGGGGUACAGGCGGGAAACAAAGUUCAAUUUUGAUCGCCGCAGUGAGUGGCGUCGGCCGGAGGGGUCUUGCGCAAUGGCUGCGGUGGGCGUUCCCCAAAUACCGCAACGACUACACGCGCCCAUCGCAUACCUCACAUGCAUCUCAAACGAGGAGUUCGUUGAUGGUGCCUUGGUGCUUGGUGUGUCGCUGCGUAAGACCUCCUCAUUCCUCCAGGAGGGCGUGGCGGAUUUGGUGGUCAUCAUCACAGAGAAGCGUGUGAGUGAAGCCUCCAAGAGGCGUUUGCUUCGGGAAGGGACAUACAACCAUGUGUUUGAGGUUCCCUCCUUGGCGUACCGUAUUCCAUCGAAUUCCGGCAUCUUCCGCGACACCUUUGACAAGAUUUACAUGUUCAACCUUACCAUGUACGAAAAGGUCGUUUUCAUGGAUGCUGAUAUGAUCGCAGUGCGGAGCAUGGACAAACUCUUCUCAAAGCCCGAGGUGCAAAGACCAGAUCAUGUCGGCGCUAUUGGGGGGAAAGGAUACUUCCAAACUGGCAUGAUGGUCAUAGUCCCAACUCAGGAAAUGUUCAACUGCAUUUACGAGACUUUUAUUCAUGGGACUCCACCAGACGGCCGCAAGUAUCUUGGAUCAGGAGCCCGAGACGGGGUUCUGUUGCGCGACGUCUUUGAAAGAAGGUACCAUCCUAUCAGUAGCAAGUACAGCCGCAAUCUUAAUCCCCGCUACCGGCUGGAUAGGGAGUCUCCAGGAGAGGAUCCGAUUGUUGCCGUCCAUCUGCGCGGCAUCGUAAAGCCGUGGUUCAACAGGCAUCUGCCAAACCUGCACACCGCGCUUGGGAAAAAGGAAUACGGUUUCACAUACUUGCACUGGUGGACUCUGUAUGAGGAAGAGGUGCACAAGAAGGGCGAAUACUACAUGAAAGCACAAGAAAUGCAGCGCGAGGGUAUUGUGUCAGGCGCGCAUCCUGUCGUUUUAGACAACGUCACAUUUGGCGGCAACCAGUCCACAGAAGGGGGCUCCUUCAUCUCCCCUCUCACGCACGUGUGGAUGCAGCGUUACUGCGAGAGGGCAUACGUACAGCACCUCUCUUCUGAAGACAAGAAGCGUCGCAACCGCACAUUGCCCUUUAUGCGGAAGAUUCCCAGUCCUAGUUUUGGUCUUUCCUGUGAGGCUGUUUGUUCACAGGCAGGUCUGCGCUGCAGCCCGGAGGCUUUGCAGUUUUCGUCGCUCAACAACUGCGAAGAGCUGCGUUCGGUGUUCGGCUGCGACGACUGUGAAUUGGGCGUCUACUGGAGGCCGCACCCCGGGAACGACUUUCCGGCACUGGAGGAGGUUACGGAAAACACGAGUACAGGAGGAAAGAAUAGGAACACUAUGGGGGGGCUCAUAUGCCGCUACAAUUAUCUGCAUGAUGCGCGGAGUCUCCCCAAUUGCAGCGCCAGUUACCCGAAAACGCGGCGCUACUGUCCUUGCGUACCUGCGGCCUGA